AUUGUGUCUAGAGGUAUCCCCAUGAAGGGAAGGAGAAUUCACACUUGCUCAGGGAAAAGAUAUACCAUUUUUUAUGGAAGAAAGAGCCAGUAUAUUCUCUCUAUAGAUAGAGCAAAUUUGAAUAAGGAGUUAUUAACUGCUGCUGAGAAGUAUCCCAAUGUUAAGUUAUACUUUGAGCACAAACUGCUUCACUGCAAUGUAGACUCAGGGCUACUGACCUUUUCAGGAUCAGACCAAAUGACUAAAGAAGUCACCUGUGACUUAAUUGUGGGCUGUGAUGGAGCCUUUUCCACAGUUAGGAAGCAGUUUAUGAGACAAACACGGUUUGAUUACAGCCAAGUAUAUAUUCCACAUGGAUACCUGGAACUGAAAAUUCCUCCCAAAAAUGGAGAUUUUGCAAUGGAGCCAAACUAUCUUCACAUUUGGCCUAGGAACACAUUCAUGAUGAUUGCACUGCCAAACCUGGAUAAAUCAUUCACCUGUACACUCUUCAUGCCCUUUGAUGAUUUUGAAAAGCUUGCCACAGGAGAGCAAGUGCUGAAUUUCUUCAAAACUUAUUUUCCAGACUCAAUUCCUCUAAUAGGAGAGCACGAACUGAUGCAAGAUUACUUUGUGCUACCAGCUCAGGCAAUGGUCUCUGUGAAAUGUUCAUCGUAUCACAUUGGCUCUCAAUGCGUGCUAAUGGGAGAUUCUGCACAUGCUGUUGUACCCUUUUAUGGCCAAGGCAUGAAUGCUGGAUUUGAAGACUGUCUAGUCUUUGAUGAGCUGAUGGACCAAUUUCAGAAUGACCUCUGCAUUUGCCUUCCAAUGUUCUCGAAGCUGAGGGUACCUGACGACCAUGCAAUUUCAGAUUUAGCCAUGUAUAAUUAUAUAGAGAUGCGGGAACGUGUGAAUUCAAGGUGGUUCAUUUUCCGAAAGCAUAUAGACAAUUGGCUUCAUGCCUUCCUGCCCUCUAUCAUCAUUCCUCUGUAUACUAUGGUAACAUUCUCCAGAAUCCGAUACCAUGAAGCUGUGCAAAGAUGGAAAUGGCAGAAUAAGGUGAUCAAUAGAGGCCUCUUCCUCACCAUGGUAGCAGCAGCAGUGAGUGGCAUCUAUCUGUGCAGAAAUGGAAAGUUAUCCAAAAUUGACUUUCGUAUAGAGGAUUUCUGGAGACAUUCUUAAAAAUGGUGGAAAACUUUCAGUAAUCAUUUGAGAUAGAAAUGAAUGCUUUCUGAAUAAUUAGUCUCUAUUUCAGAAGUUGGUCUUCCAAAUAUAAAAACACAUAUGAUAUAGAUGAAUGCUGGAUCCAAGGCCUACAUUCCUAUUCAUAUAGAGAAAUUCACUUCUAGAUUUGAAUAUGCCUUGCAUUUUAUCAUUGCUUUGCUGUCCUGUGUUUCAUUUUGCAAGAAAUUUGCAAUAUCUCAGUUACAUCAUCAACACAUUUUGACAGGAGACGCUACGGCAUUUCUAAGACUGUUCUACUAUCUCAUCUAUAAGAUAAUCAUUAUGGCAAUGCAUGGAGUUAUCUAAUUAAAUUGUUUCUGCAUCUUUUAAAAAAUAUUUUCAUAUAAUCCUGGUAUUUCAUUCUUCUCAAGUUCUAGUAUGGUGAAAAAAAUAAAGUUGUGUCUUGGGA